UCGAGUGCGCACCUCGGUCCCGUGCGAGUGCCACGUGCGUCUCGUUUCGACAUGUGACUCCUUCGUAUCCACGAGGCUACCUGACAUCUUCUCCUCUUUUCCUCUUCUCCUUCCUUCCUUUUCUUCUUUUUCUUUCGCGUCUUUCCUCUUUUUUCCUCUCUCUUCUCUCACGGCGAAACACGCACGUGUGUACGGUGGUGAGAUGAGGUGAACGCGCGUAUCGUUGCGCAGGGAUUCGAGAGAAGGGUGGUUCGCAUGGUGCACGCAUCGAAAAUGCGCUGCUCGAUGAUGCUGAUGAUAACAGCGAUCGCGACGAUCUUCGCGCCCGUCGUCGGGAAUCCCUUCCUCGACGCCGCGCAAGAGAUGUCCUGUUGCUCGCUGGCUGCUGGAUCCUGCCGGAAUGUGUGCUCCAAGAUAUCCCUGGUAGUCCUGGGUGCCGAGAUCGAAGCGAGAGAAAACGCCACUCAACGUCUAUUGGAGUUCUGUUCCACGGAGCUGUUGGAUUUUUGGUCCUGCGUGAACACGACGUUAAAUGAGCUCAAGAGGAACGAGAAUUGGACGGGUCGAGGAUGCUGCCGUCUCGCUCAGAAUCCAACAUGUCGCACGACCUGCGCCCUGUCCGGUUCCACAAACGAUCUGAACGAAUCCUGCCGACCGAGCGACGAGCCCGAGUUUUUCUUUUGUCUGGAAAAGCGCGAGGAAGCCGAACGAUGCUGCAACAACGUUUCCAAUGAUACGUGCAGGGCUAUUUGCAAGGAUAUCUUUUACAAGCCCGGCAAGCAAUCUAGCUUGAAGCUGUACAGCAGCAAGGGUUGUUUCCAUCAGGUUCCCAAGUGUCUAAAGGGCGUAGCCGAAGUGAAGCAUGCUGAGGAUCCGAAGCAACAUUUGCACUGUUGUGAGGAAGCGACGACUCCAGCGUGCCUUGACACGUGUCGCAGAACUCUCCACACCGCGACGACCGACCAGGAGAUCAUGGACGCCCUGGCGGAGAAGUGCAGUCCCGUGUUACCACAGUCGCCGAUGUGGAGCUGCUUGCUGAAAUCGGGCUCGACGAAGCCGGCGCGGUUACCCUUGGACGCCGGCAAACUGGCAUGUUGCACGAAGGCGACAAGGCCUUCCUGCCAGAGUUUGUGCUGGCGGGCCUUCCAGGCAGACUGGGAGACCGCCUGGCUACAACUGGACGCACUGUGCCUCUCGUCCAGUUUAGAGGGUGAACUGAGGAGGUGUCUCGAAGACGCGGAUGACUCCUGUGAGAUGGGCUGCUCCGGGUUGUCUUAUUGUGCACGGUUUAACGACAGACCUACGACUUUGUUUAGAACAUGCACGAAUGCGGCCGACGAGGCGGCCAAAUGGGAGGCUGAUCAUUGGUCCAGAGGAGGCAUUAUUCGCGGUUUAGGUGUGCCGGUGCGCGCUGCCGCUUCCUGCCCAGCAGAGACUCUACGCGCGGCGGCCUGUCUUCUGCAGCUGCGACCUUGCGAGACGAGAAUCCACGAGACGCGGCUAUGCCGCGAGGAUUGUUUGGAGCUGAUGGCGAGCUGCGUGGACUGGAGCGCGAUUACCGGACCUCACACAGCGGCUACCUUGUGCGCCAAGCUGUCGCCGGGAAGACCGGACGCGCCGUGCGUCUCGUUACGGCCGUUCCUAGACGAUCCGCAGGACGACGAGGCUGUGAUUCAUCCCGACGAGGAUAUCACGACACCCUGCAAGCGGAAUCCUUGCCCACAGGGCCAGCUCUGCAUGCUCCAACCGAAUGGCGCCAAGAUCUAUCGUUGCGUGCCGGCUUGUUCCCUCGGCGAGAUGUCGAAGCAGUUGGUACCGGUCGGAUCUUGGAUUCAGAUCCCGCGAUUCGAUCAGCAGGGUUGUCUGAAGAUCUGUCAGUGCACGACGCGUGGCCUGGAGAAGUGCCGUACCCUCAACUGCUUCAACUUCAAAUCCUGCUGGGUGCACGACCGGUUCAUCCAACACAAAGCCAACUUCUACCUCGAGUGUAAUCCCUGUCACUGUUUCGAGGGCGAAUUCACGUGCUCCAAGAGAAGCUGUGGCGAGUUGCGAACGCCGUCUUUACCCUGCGACUGUCCGGCUCAUUACGUUCCGGUUUGCGGCAGGCUGGGCUUCACCUUCGCGUCCGCCUGCCUAGCGAAGUGCGCCGAGCUGUCGGCCACCGAGGUGGAAUUCGGCAGCUGUUCCAGUAGAGAUCCCUGUAUGCCCAAUCCCUGCGACAGCUCGGAGAAGUGCGUCCGUAGACCCAGGGUCUGCCUGUCGCGUUUGCAUAAACCGUGUCGGCAAUACGAGUGUGUGCCGAUAGACUGCAAUCCGCGCGACGAGUCCAGUGGACCAGUCUGCGAUCGGGAGAAUCGUCAGUAUCCCUCCGUAUGCGCGAUGAUCCGAGCUGGAGCCACCUUGAGUUACAGAGGACCUUGUCUGAAAGGGUGCAGCCUUCGUGGUCCGGUGUGCGGCAUCAACGGCGAGGUUUACGCUAACGAAUGCGCGGCUUGGGCUGAAAGAACCGUCGUGGACUAUCAAGGUCCUUGCGUCGCCGUCGGUCUCAUAGGAGAUCAGGCGAGACCUCGUUGCAGCGACGCCGUGCAAUGUCCUGCCUUGGAGGAACCGUAUUGUAUUGGGGUUACCCCUCCCGGAGCUUGUUGCCCUGUCUGCGGAGGAGCGGCAAGAUUGUUCUACUCGAAGAAACAGUUGGACAGGAUCUACUAUAUGAUGGACGAGGAAACUGACAAGGACUCCGUCACUUUAGAGGCUCUCCUGAUCGCUCUAGGUCGCCAGCUGCAAGUAGCACAAUGCGCUGUUCGUGGCAUGAUGACACCGGAUCGCGAUAUCUUCAUCGUUGUACAACCCGUUACCAAGAAGUUGUCGGCGCUGCAAUUACGAGCUUGCGUGACAGAAACAGAAAAGCUUGUUACCAGGAUUUCGGAGAGGAGUCCUCGGAUCGCAGCAGAAGUACCUUUGGGUUCGCUGACCAGAGCCGAGAUAGCCCACAGUUACGUUUCUAGUGCCAUGAAAAUUCGUGCUUGGUUCGCGACGAUUAUCGUUACCAUCUUCUUGCUAAACGUUUUAUCCUGAAUUAUGAUCACGCCAAAAGGAAAAUGAGAUGCAUCGCUUAUUCUGUCCAGUAUUUAAAGAUACAUUUUAACUGAUCGCGUGAAUUAUCCGAGAUUCAUUAUCGUCAAAGGAUGAUCAGUUGCAGCUAUAAGCGAUUAAUCUUGUUUUCUGCUUCGUUCUUGGUGCUGAAAGUAUUUCUUUACCUAAUCGCGAUGUCAUUCGCGGCGACGAAUGUCUACAGCGUGUCUCGUCUGUGAUUCUUCUAGUGCCUUCUAAUAUCGUACAGCAGAAUGUAUUUUUAGUUAUCAAUUAAUAUUGCCAAAGAGGAAAGAGUAUAUAAUGACUGGAUGUACAAAAAAAAAGGAUUUCCUGCGCGCGUAAUCCGUAAUGUCGUCGCGGGUAAUCGAGAACUGUGCUCAUAAAUUAUAAAUAAAGACACCGUAAACUUAAGUUUUAUAUAUAUCAGAUCGCGUAUUGAUCGACAUUAGUAUAUUGUGUGUUCACAAAUGUGAUUUUUAUGCAAAAACUCGAAGCGUCAUUCAAAGAAAUCAAAGAAAUAAAUCUUAUUCUCUUUGUUAUUAAUUUUUUAUCGAUAGGAAAAAUUAACCUAGGAUUUGAUUAAGAAUGCGUCAUUCAAAGAAAUCAAAUAAAUCUUAUUCUCUUUGUUAUUAAUUUCUUAUCGGUAGAAAAAAAUAACCUGGGAUUUGAUUAAGAAUGCGUCAUUCAAAGAAAUAAAUCUUAUUCUUUGUUAUUAAUUUCUUCUAUCGAUAGGAAAGUUAACUUAGGAUUUGAUUAAGAAUCCAACUGCUAUGAAUGUAUAAUUUUUUUGGCGUAUACUGUCUAGGUGUGGAUUUACGCUGCUGAGCGUUUAUUCGAAUUUUUAUUUCGUAUAGAUAAAUUAAUACAAUAGAACUCGUUAAGGGGACAAUGUGGGUGCUCGCAUUUUAUUUAUAAACGUGCGAAAACUUGGAUUGCCCGCAGUGGUUUGUGCCAAUGAUAUAAAUAAUGCUCUCACAGUCGUUAAGUAUAUUUUGUUAUUGUACUGUUUGUUAAAAACAAGCACAUUAUAUUUGCAUGUAUAAUAAAUUUCUAAACUUUUAUCAUA